GACACACAUAGCAUACUCAGAGAGAUGUGAUAGUGUUCUGUCCCGUAGUAGCUCGCGCGAUCCCGUUGCCUGCACGCGGCCGAGCCUUUUAACGUCGCAAUCUCGGUCGACCGCUCGCGACUGGUGGAAACUGGAAACGGACUCGGACACACGCAUGCACGCGCUCUGGUCGUUUCCACCACAUCAGCCCGGGGAUUACAACUGGCGUGGCUCGUGCACAGCUGGCCCGUGUUGUUUAUGUAAUAGCCGUGGUGCGAACUGAUGGUAACAUUACAAUUUCACCGUUUGUUUCGUUCUGAUGACGGAGCGGCUGGUUCUGUUCGUUCUGAUGCUUUGACAACAACGGAAUUUAACAGCGGGAACUGGGAGGAGUGUGAGUGUGAGCUCGAGCUCUCCCGUCACAUGCACGUAAAGCACGCACACACAGCUCCGUGAAAAUCAGCACACCGGAAAAUCUGUUUGGAAUACGGUGCGUCUCGCGCUCUUAACCUCUACCAGGGGAGAGGCCGCCCCGUCGCGGACAGAGGGCAGGCCGGAGAGAGAGACAGAGAGGAGGAGGAGGAGGAGGAGGAGGGUUGGUAUAACGGGCAUCGGUUCGUCUGUCGGUCUGAGGGAUUCAGACAGCGGGUAACUGUUCUCUACUGUAGCCGCAUCGCAGCCACCCAACCCCUAUACAUCUGCUGCUGUGGCCCGCUGACUGACUGGAGGAUGAACGGAAGGGAUUAACGACGAGGGAGAAAGAGAGAGGGGGAAGAGGAGAGGGAUAGAGAGAGGGAAGAGGAGAGGGAUAGAGAAAGGAUGGGUAAGGACCAGGACCUGCUUCAUGCGGUGAAGACCGAGGAUCUUCUGACGGCGCAGCGGCUUCUCCAGCGACCCAGGCCCGGGAAAACCAAGUUGCUGGGAACAGCCAAGAGGGUCAAUGUUAACUUCCAGGACACAGACGGGUUGUCUCCUCUGCACCAUGCUGCUCUGAGCGGCAACAAGGAGCUGAUCUCUCUGCUGUUGGAGGCUCAGGCCACAGUGGACAUUAAGGACCAGAACGGUAUGCGUCCACUGCACUACGCGGCGUGGCAGGGAAAGACUGAGCCAAUGAAAAUGCUCCUGAAGGCGGGAUCAUCAGUCAACAUUCAAUCAGACGAGGGCCAGAUCCCACUGCACCUAUCAGCACAGCAUGGACAUUACGACGGGUCUGAGAUGUUGCUGCAGCACCAGUCUAAUCCGUGUAUCUCCGACACGGCCGGUAAGACUCCUCUGGACCUGGCCUGUGAAUUUGGACGAGUGGGGGUGGUCCAGCUGCUCCUCAGUAGUAAUGUCUGUGCAGCGAUGAUCGAGCCGAAGCCGUCGAACCCCAACGGCGUCUCUCCUCUUCACCUGGCCGCCAAGAACGGACACAUCGAUGUCAUACGUCUGCUGAUCCAAGCAGGUAUAGACAUCAACAGACAGUCAGAGUCGGGGACGGCGCUGCAUCAGGCAGCUCUCUGUGGAAAGACUGAGGUGGUGAGACUGCUGUUGGAUAGUGGCAUCAGUGCUGGGGUGAGGAACACUCUGUGUCAGACGGCUCUGGACAUCGUUAACCAGUUCACCGCCACACAGGCCAGCAGAGAGAUUAAACAGCUGCUGAGAGAUGCGUCAGCUGCGAUGCAGGUCAGAGCUCUGACAGAGUACUGCAACAACUACGACCUGACGAGCCUCAACAUCAAGACUGGAGACAUCAUCACGGUUCUGGAGCAGCAUUCUGACGGCCGGUGGAAGGGUUGUAUCCAUGACAACCGGACAGGAAAUGACCGCGUCGGCUACUUCCCCUCCAGCAUGGUGGAGGUGAUCAGCAAGAGGCCAGGUUCUCGGGGCUCUGAGUCCAGUCCCCACGGCUCUCCCACACUUGGCCAGCAGGGCGGCUCCAGCGAGGGAUGUCUGGGUUCUCCGGAAGCCCCUCGCAGGUACGAGGCUGCUGCUGCUGUUAAGAGUCCAUCUGGUUGUCCUCCUCAAGAACAACGCUCCUUUGAUCGCAAGGCAGAGGCAGAUGUGAAGAGUGAGGCGGUAGUGACCUGGUUGACUGAGUGUCAGCUGCAGUUCUACACCACUCACCUCCUCACCGCUGGCUAUGACCUAGACACCAUAGGCCACAUGACCCCCGAGGACCUGACAGCAAUCGGUGUAACUAAACCAGGCCAUCGUAAGAAGAUGACAUCAGAGAUCAGCAAACUGCCGUCUGGUGACUGGCUACCUGACCACAAACCAGUAAGAACCCAUUCCGAGCCACCACCUUUGUCUUGA